AUGAUAACCCGGAUGCAAGGGCUGAAGCGGAAGAUGGAGACACUACAAGAGGAGGAGAAGAGCAUCCUCUCCCAGUCCCGGAAAAGGAUUGAACACCUUGAAGACCUCUUCGGCAUACAGAGCUUGGUAGAUGUUAAGUAUGACAGAUGGUCGAAGACAAGGCUGAAUAGGUUGCUGGUAGACCAUAUGCUACGUUCAGGCUACCUUGAAAGUGCAAAGCAGCUUGCACAUGAGGAAGGUCUUGAAGAUUUGGUGGAUGUACAUGUCUUUGCGCAAUGCCAGCGCAUAGCAGAGAGUCUUCGGAGAGGGGAAACGAAAGAAGCCCUACAAUGGUGUGGAGAAAACAAAGUUGCCCUGAAGAAGCUACACAAUAAACUAGAAUUCGAACUACGGAUGCAACAGUAUAUUGAAAUGUUACGUGCGGGUGAGAGAACGGAAGCAAGACAGCAUGCCAAAAAAUACCUCACACCACACAGUGAGACAUACCAAUCAGAUAUACUCCGUGCUGCCGGGCUGAUGGUCUUUCCCCCUAAUACUGAUGCCGAGCCGUACAAGGUAUGA